AUUCCGCUGGGAGUUUUGUUUUGUGUUUUUACAAUAUUUUAUUCAUAUUUUGGCUAAAUUUGUAUGUUAAAAAUUGUCUUUUUCUACAAUUUAUGACAUGAUUCUAUAUUGAUUAUCUCAACUAGAUGAAAAUGUUUAAGAGAUUGUAACAAUAUGACUCAAGUUUCAACACUGUUCAAAGUCAAUAACCUAAAAUUUUCAGAACCCUUGAUUAAUAAUUUAUAGAACAUUUAUUUUGAAUGAGUGGUAUAAUUUAUAAAUGCAUUUUUGACAGCUAAGGUUCUUAGUACGGAACAAAACAUAAGGUUUAUUGUUAUAUUCAUACAAAUUCUUCAAGUUGGUAGUUUUGAACUUAAUAGUUGAUCGAAUUAAAGUAUUAAGGUCGCUAGCCCAAGAUUCAUCUUGAUAAUGGAUCAUUGAUUAAGUUUUAUAAUCAAAAUAUUUUCUGUCUAAAAAUUUGUUCAAGAUAAAUAGGCAUCACAACAAUCUUUUGAAUAGUUCGAUGCAAAGUACUGCCAAACUAAUGGCACAUAAGCGUUUAGUUUACUCGCCUCGUGACGAACGAGUAGAUAGUACACACCUACUCUUUGUCGUAAACACAAAUGCGACAUUUUCUCGUGAGUUCGUAAACUGUAUAAAAAACUUUGACUGUGCCCCGUGCACCGAUUACCAUUGACAUUUGUGAGUUUAUAGUUUUACACAACAAUUCAAAAUGUCAACUCACAGGGAAGCGAUACAAAAACAAAUUCAACAAGAUUGGGCUAAUCGCGAGUACAUUGAAGUUAUUACCGGCAGUAUAAAAAAAAUCACAGAUUUUUUAAAUUCUUUCGAUAUGUCCUGUAGAUCUCGUUUAGCAGUGUUGAACGAGAAAUUAACGACUUUAGAGCGAAGAAUUGAAUACUUGGAGGCUUGUGUGACUAAGGGAGAAACUUUGACGUAAUAUAAAGUGUCAUCAAUAAAUAGCCCAUUUAAAAAUAAGCAACGAUAAAUUAUUGUAAAUAUUUAUACAAGAAAGUUUUCAUAGAUGAAAAAGAUUAAUAAAUAAAGCUUAAGUUCAUAAACUA